CGGUCGUGUCGGUCGGGAAUUUGGCUUCGCUUCGUCCCCCGAGUAUCCCGGGGCGGUCGUACGGGGUGGUGAGCCCGGUCUGACACUUCCACUAGUCCGAUCGGGAUAGUAGGUCACAGUGUCUAUUUUUGUGUGUGUGUGAACCCGCCCGGAUAGGGCUGACGAUAUGGAGAAGGACGAGAGUGACGAUGGCGGUAGCAGGGUAGCAGGAGGCGAACCACCAGCCACCAGCAACAGUAGCAGUCCCGAGGGCAUUGCCACGUUCAAGCGAGAGCUGCUGGAGUUCCUAGCGGAGCCACCGGAAGCGGAAGAGUCGGUCACCGUGGCACCGUGGGAUAUCCGGCUGUUCGAGGGGUACGGGCGCGGCCUGGUGGCGACGCGGGACAUCGCCGUCCACGAGCUGGUGUUCGUGGACCGCCCGAUGCUGCUCGGACCCCGGGUCAACAACUACGACGUGAUCUUCUGCGCCAGCUGCUGCCGCAUCCUGAAGCGGCUCCAGCUGUGCAGUGGCGGCUGCCGGCUACCGAUCUGCGGCCGGUGUGACUUCGCGGCGCCCGCGUCACCGCACGCCACCGAGUGCCGGCUGAUCCAGAGCUGGCAGCCGAAGGAUGCGGGUCGGUACGCGAAAAACAUCCUGUACGCGCUGACCUCGAUCCGGGGCUUCCUGCUGUCCGAGCGCGACCGCCGGAUAGUGCUGCAGAUGGAGGGCCACGCGCCGCGCAAGGAGAUGCUGACCGAGAUCGAGGGCCUGCUGAAGGACGGCUACUUCGGGAACCUGCCGGCCGACGGGCCGGACGUUCGCUACUUGCGCCAGGUGGUCAACGUGCUCAACACGAACGCGUUCGAGACGAGCCGGGUCGUGACGGGCGACGACGGCGACGUCGGCGAUGACGGCAGCAACGGCGCCGCGGAACACGAGAUCGUCCUGCGCGGUCUUUACGUACUCGGAGCCAUGAUGAACCACUGCUGUCAGCCGAAUGUGCGCUACGUCUUCGAUCGCCAGCUCCGGAUGCGGGUGUACGCGUCCCGCCCGAUCCGGCGGGGCGAGCAGAUCCUCAACAACUACUCCAAGCUGCUGUGGGGCACCCAGCACCGUAUCAUCCAUCUGUGCUUCUCCAAGAACUUUGUCUGCGGCUGCCAACGCUGCAAAGAUCCAACGGAGUUCGGCACCUACCUCGGGGCACUGAAGUGUGUGCGGGAGAGCUGCACGGAGGGCCGGAUGCUGCCGGUGAAUCCGCUCAAGAUCCUGUCGGUGUGGCAGUGCGACCAGUGCAACCUGAAGCUAAGCAACGUGAAGGCGACCAAGAUCCAGGAGAUCGCGGGCCGGAUGGUGCUGAACAACGCGCUCAAGCGGGACGGGCCCCACAUCAUCGGCUACCUGAACGACCACAUUCUGAAGUUCCUGUUGCCGACCAACCAGUUCAUCGUCGAGCUGAAGCUGCAGGCCAUCAAGAAGAUACAACCGAGCCGGCCGCUGGUCGAGCUGCGCGAGAAGGAACGCUACUGCCUCGAGAUCCUCGACUUGCUGGAUCGCCUCAAGUACGGCGAGUGCUUCAUCAAGGGCAUCCUCUGCUACGAACUGUUCGUGACGUGCGCUGCCAUCGCCCGGGCGCUGAACGAUCGCAGUGUAAGUACCGGAAUUACAAUGGACGAACCGAGCCUAGAACGGCUGCGCACCGCGUGGCAGAUACUGGGCCCAAGCAGUAACCGGCCCCGCGAUCUCCAGCAGCUGGCUGUGACACAUGGGAUCGAGGAGUGAAUUGCGCCAUAUCCUCAAGAAGAAGAAGAAGAAGAAGACGAAGAGGAAGAAAACGGGAAGGAGAUAAACUGCACCAGUGUGUAGACGUCAAAUCCGUCUAUGAGUGUGUGUGUGUGUGUGAGUCUAUUGGUUUUCGCCAAUCGUUUUUCACGAACGCGCUCCGUUCGGUCGUUCGACUAUGCGGCUUUGAACCGCUAGAUCACCUCGCACAAGGUUUUGUUGGUGUGUGUUUGUUUGUGUGUGUGUGUGUGAAUAACUUCUUCUUCAUCUGGCUACAACUGCGGAGUGGUCUUUGCUUGGACUGCACCACCUGGGCAUUUUUUGUUGCUUUCUGUAACGGUGUGACUAGCAAAGUCGACCAAUACGCGAAACGCAUCGGGAAAACUCACCGGAACUAAGGGCCGCUUCGAACUAUUGGGACGCCGGCAAUGCACAGAUAGCCAAAGGAACCUUGAAAAGGUUGGCUUUCACUACCGGAAAAUAGAUAACAAAAAAAAGCUUACGUUAGCAGAAGCGUCCUCUGCAAUUGAAGCCUAUUGAGGCAGACUGAUAGUUAUGUUGGUUAAAACAAACAAACUCGAAUGUGACAGAUCAGGACUGUGCCAGGGCUGUGCUUAGUUACCGGAUAACCACAGAGGAACCACCAGAAGAAGGCUCAUUAAUUUCACACAAGAAUGCACGAAAAGAAUGUUAAAAUUAAAAAAAAACAUUGCUUCCGAAUGAUCCGAUUGCUUUCAAUAUUUAUAUAUUGUCAAUAUAUUAAGCACCAAUCAGAGAAUAGGUUUUUUAUGUAGCAGCUUUCUUGACGCACGGAUUAGGUCAGGCUGCAAAUGAAUAAAGUGUGUCGAUGCACAAGCGUUUCCAUU